UUUUAUAGGAUAAAACGAGGUUAGAUUUGAGAUUGAUCUUUUAAUCUCCUGAAUGGUAAUGUGGCCUUCACAUUAUGUUAAAAAGAUAAAAAUACUUAAUAGAACUUCCUUAAGAAAAAUUUCGUGAAAGCAACGUGUGACGAAGGUGGAUAUUGGUGACAGCAUUUUAAUGAUAACGGAGUAUUUAGAAGCUUGGGUCAAUGGAUUUUAAUAUACUCAGAAACACAACAAUAGAUUUAAAUCAUGAAUUUAUUUGAAUGCUUUGAGCAAGUUUUCUACAAAAUUUAUGCAGGGAAAUACAACAGUUGGUGAAAUGUUUAAAUAGAUGUGUGUGUGUGUGGAUGUUUUUUAUACGAGUCGUCUGUUUGUUAUGUGUUUCUGUGAUAAUUUAAUCUAACGAUGGAUGAUACUUCACUGGAGAAUUACCAAGACAUCUGUCGGGUGUGUCGAUGUGAGGCCAGCUCUGACAAGCCUCUCUUCCACCCCUGUGUGUGUACAGGCAGCAUCAAAUUCAUUCACCAAGACUGCUUGGUACAAUGGUUGAAAUACAGCAGAAAGGAGUUUUGCGAGUUAUGCAAACACAGAUUUGCAUUCACGCCAAUCUACUCACCAGACAUGCCAAAGCGACUGCCAAUAAAGGACAUAUUGAGCGGACUGCUGGCAAGUGUAGGAAAGGCUGUCAGAUACUGGUUUCAUUACACACUCGUAACAUUUGCCUGGCUAGGGGUUGUACCACUCACAGCAUGUCGUAUAUACCGGUGUUUGUUUACGGGCUCCGUGAGUUCACUGCUGACACUGCCUCUGGACAUGCUCUCUACAGAGAACAUUGCUUCUGACUGUUUCCAUGGUUGUUUUGUGGUCGCGUGUACACUGUGUGCGUUUAUCUCCCUUGUUUGGCUACGAGAACAGAUUCUGCAUGGAGGCGGGCCAGACUGGUUAGAACAGGAUGUGCCUGGGGCACAACAGAGGAACCUGAUUGAUGUGGGUGUGGUCAACAAUCUGGUUGGUCUAGGAGGGGGCGGUGGGGCCGGAGCAAGGGAGCCACAAGCCAAUCAGAACGAAGGUAACAACGAAGAGGCAGCCAAUGAGAACGAAGAAGAGAUUGAGGAGGAAGGAGGAGAGAAUGGCAACAAUGGUGCUCAAGAUGAUAACAACUGGAACCCUAUAGAAUGGGACAGGGCUGCUGAGGAGUUGACCUGGGAGAGGUUGCUGGGCCUGGAUGGUUCCUUAGUCUUCUUGGAACAUGUGUUCUGGGUUGUCUCUCUCAACACUCUGUUCAUUCUUGUGUUCGCAUUCUGUCCCUACCACAUUGGUCACUUCACCAUGAUUGGCUUGAAAAUGGAGGACAUGCAGGUGGAGGCAUCCCAUUUCGAGGGCCUGAUGACGACGCUGAUCGGCUAUGUGGUGAUAGCCUUCUCUCUUGUCGUGUUGUAUGGAAUGUGCGCGCUCGUCAGGCUUAAAAGGUUCCGUCGAGUGUUGGGGCUGUGUUAUGUGGUUGUCAAGGUGAAGCUACUGGUUGUCGUGGAGAUAGGUGUAUUUCCCCUCAUCUGUGGUUGGUGGCUUGACAUAUGUUCUCUGUCAAUGUUUGAUGCCACCCUCAAAGACCGCAAGUUGAGUUUCCACGUUGCGCCGGGCACGUCCAUGUUUAUUCACUGGUUGGUGGGGAUGGUUUACGUGUUCUAUUUCGCAUCCUUCAUCCUCUUGCUUCGAGAAGUACUCCGCCCAGGGGUCCUCUGGUUUCUCCGGAACCUUAAUGAUCCAGAGUUUAACCCCAUUCAGGAGAUGAUUCACCUGCCAGUGUAUCGUCACACGCGGAGGUUUGUGGCAUCAGUCAUCAUCUUUGGCAGCACAGUCCUCCUUAUGCUCUGGCUGCCUGUCCGUGUCAUCCGCAAGGUGUUUCCAGUCUUCCUGCCAUACAAUGUCAUGCUGUCAAGUGAGGCCCCUGUCAGUGAACUAUCCCUAGAGCUACUUCUCUUACAAGUGGUUUUGCCAGCCCUUUUGGAGCAAGGCCACACCAGGAUGUGGCUUAAGGGGCUUGUUAGGGGCUGGACACUAGCUGUGGCCUGGAUGCUCGACCUCAGAUCAUAUCUGGUUGGCGAUGUGACCCUCGCUGAAAAUGAUCAUGUCAUAGAGGGAGACCACGUCCCUCAGCCAGCUCCACAUCUAGCCCCUCAGCAAGCAGGCGAUGCCCAGGCCCCUAAUGCAGCCCCUAACCAGCCUCCAGCAGCUCCUCCUGCACAGGGGUUGGGGCUAGCAGCAGCUCACCAAGCCAUGUUGCAGGGAGGAGGACCUGUUGGCUUCCAGUCAUACAAAAGGCCAAACUUGUUUUAUGUUAGGAUCUGCUUGCUGGUCGGCCUGAUGUGCCUGACAUUGUUUGCUACUAGUGUGGUCUGCCUCAUACUGCCAGUGUAUUUCGGGCGUAACCUGAUGUCUGUCUGGAUGGGUGACGCCAAGGUCCAUGAACUGUACACGGCAGCGUGUGGCCUGUAUGUGUGUUGGCUGAUGCUGCGUAUCGGCACCGUGAUGUACAACUGGAUUCCUCAAGGGACAGCUGCAAUACUUAACAAACUAAAGGAGUGGAUUUUACUGGCUUUAAAAACAUUACUGGUAGCAGUGAUUCUGAUGGGGCUAGUGCCCUUAUUAUUGGGGUUACUGUUUGAAUUGGUGGUUGUAGCCCCACUGCGGGUCUCGUUAGACCAGACUCCUGUAUUCUUCCCAUGGCAGGACUGGGCAUUAGGAGUGCUUCAUACCAAAAUCAUAUGUGCAGUGACCAUGAUGGGCCCUCAGUGGUGGCUUAAAAGAGUCAUAGAACAGGUUUACAAUGAUGGUUUACGAAACAUGAAUCUCAAGUUCAUCCUGUACAAGCUGUGUGUGCCGGUGAUAGCCGUGCUGGGCAUGUCUCUCUCUGUCCCAUACUGCAUUGCCAGGACAAUAGUUCCACUUCUGGGGUUUGAUUUUGAAGCACAGAACCUCGUGUUGCGUCGCAUCUACCCGUUCCUGUUGGCGUGUGUGGUGUUUGUUUUCAUCUGCGUUUUCCAGGCCAGGCAAUUUAAACGGCUCUACGAACAUAUUAAAAAUGAUAAGUAUUUAGUUGGUCAAAGACUGGUUAAUUAUGACCCUAAGAGACGAAUAAAACCACCAGUUGAAACGACGUCUACCAAAACGUGAGGGAAAGCUACGUGCAUUAGGCCUUUUAUGUGAUAAAGAGUACUUGAAGAUAUGAUUCCUUCUCCCUGAGACUUAUUUGUGUUAAAGAUACAUGUGUUAUUCCUUUCCUGGGCGGGGAUAUAUUUGUGAACUUGGGGGAUAUGAUUCCUUCUCCCUUGGGGGUUACUUGUGUUAAAGAUACAUGUGUUUUUCCUUUCCUGGGCGGGGAGAUAUUUGUCACCGAGAGGGAUAUAAUUCCUUCCCCCUAUGGGUUAUUUGUGUUAAAGACAUGUUUUAUUCAUUUCUUGGGAGUUACUUAUGUUAAAGACAUGUGUAAUUCCUUACUGGGGGGAUGGGGGGUAUUUGUUUUGAAGACAUGUAAUUUCUUACCUGGGGGUUAUUCUUGUUGAAGACAUAUGUAAUAUCUUUACUUUACUUGGGGUUAGUUGUGAACAAGAGCCAUAUAUAAAAAAAAUCUUGGGUGCUGAUUGUGGAUUUAGGCAUAUACAUGUAACUUCUUCCUUGGGGGAGCAGUGGAAUUUGUGACUGGUCAUAUCAUUUCUACCUUACAAGGAGCAUAAUGAAGUCUUGCUCUGGGAGUUUUAGUAAACUAAAGGCAUAUAACACUUAAGACCUUUCCUGUGCACAUGACUGCUCCUCAAAUCUUCAAUACUGACCUCAUUCUAGUCAAACUAGAGGAGUGCUAUAGGACUAUGGGAAUAUUUUUACAGAUAUUCAGCAUUCUUCAAUAGAUGGAAUUAGCGUGAAAACUUGUGACCUCUUCAUUUAGAGGGUAGAAUGCAAAAAGGUUCUAAGUGACAUUAAAUGAUAUAGCGGAUAGAACCUUGUGGCUUCCACCCUUGAUUUACAAUCAGCCAUUGUAAAAACCUGACGGAAAGUUGGAUUAAACCAAAUGUAUUAUUUAUAUUUGCAUAUAUUUGUAUACUUGUUGUCUGAUAUCAUGUUGAGCUAAAACUUGACUGGUUUGAGGGCAAAAUAAAACGCUUAAUUAUGAUUUAAUUCUUAGGCAAAUGCGCUGAUUCUAUUUUGAAAAUUGAGCGCUCCUGGUCCAUUAUAUUUGUAAAUACUAGGGCUGGAUUCUCCAUCAUGUUUUUAUAUAAGGAUGUUAUAAAUACUUUAAGACAUUUGUUUUUGUAUUUAUUAAUCUUGUCUGUUGUAUCGAAGAAAAUCAAGAUGUUUUACUGACUGGUUGUUAAAUUUUGCAGCUAGUCUGACUUUAUCGUCAUGGCAUUUAUAGUCCACCAAAAUGAUUGAAUUGUUGAACAGUAAUUGUUACAUGUAAGAUGUAUCACCAUAUGGAUAAAUUUGAAUCAUCCAUUGCAUAUAAAUCAUUGAAUCUGAUGAAAGUCUAUUAAAUUCAGACUUCAGACGUAAUACAUUGCUGUUGUAUGAAAUUUCUUUAGGCCCCAAUUUCUUGAAAGUUCUUAAGCCUAACAAGAUUAUACAUGUAAGUAGCUUAUUCUUUUAAGCCUAAUUUCUUACUGAGUCUUCAUUUUACUGAAUAAAAAUAUUGAAUUGUGAUUAUCAUAAAGAUUAUUUCCUUUCAAAGUCCAAAAUCUCCUAAGAAUAUAAAUAUGUCACAAAUUAUACCAAAAUAAAAACGUUUAAAUCUGUUAUAAGGGACUUAAGAUUUUUUUAAAAAUUGGGACCAGUAUAACAAGAAAAUGGACUGAGUCAUUAUUAAAUAUAUUUAUAAAAUACAUAAUUAUUCUGUUUUUAUACACCCAUUUAUAGAUGGGGAGGUAUUAUAGUUUCAUCUGUCCAAUUGUCCAAUCAUGACCAAAUUUGUUCAGAAUGUGAAUGGGUAAAAUAAUUUGGUCAGGUUUGAUAACCAGCCAUAUUGACUCAGUCACUCAAGAGUUAUGACCCUUGAAUUGACAAAAACUGUAUUGACAGUGUCUGCUCUCUAAAUUUGGCUUAACAUACAACCAUUUAUCACCAAACUUGGUGUCUUAAAACUAGGACACGUGUAUUUUGUGACAAUUGGCACUCUCGCUGGAAUUAAAUCAAAUGUGUUUUAUACCUAAAGAAACUUACUUGAAAGUACUCAUGACCUUAAAAAUAUCAUAGAAUGUGUACAAGAAGUCUAUUUUCAAUAACAAGGAACUGUGAUGUCAUAUUUUAUGCUUACAUCAUAUUUGCAAUGAAAACUAGUUCAACCUGUUAUGGGUUAAACAUUAGUUUUUCAGUUGUUAAUGAAGUCAAUCAAGCUCAAGGGUAUUAAAGGUCAGUAUUAAUCCUGAGAUCAGGAUUAAGAGCAUUUAACUUAAGAUUAUUGUACAGUUGUAAAGUUGUUGUUUUUUGCUCAGAGAGCUGCAUCAAAAACAGUAUGAAGUACCUUUCAUAAGGGAUCUACGGUAAGCCCCUUUACCGGGCUUUGAGGAUGAAUCCCUCAUACUCAACAGACCCCAGUAGUGACAAUUUUUCAGCUGUUAGAAACCCUCUUGCGCUGAAGUUUUAAGCUGUUAAUGUCCUGUGGCAUUAUGGAAGAUCAUAGAUGUGCUUUGUUUGUUUAAUGUUUGUUAAGGAAUUAUUAUCAGCCUAAUACUUAAAUCUAGGGUUUUAGCCAGGUUUUAAUAAAGGGUUGGGUGCUGCAGAAAAGGGAAAGAGUGAUAAGGAUGAAAAAAGCACAUUGUAGCGAUAUAUGAAGAACUUGCAUAUUAUAAAAUUGAAUAAAAAUGCUAGAAAAAUGUUCAAUUGAAACAGUUAAAGGUUUCAACUGCCAGAUAUAUUAAGUUUGUAUGUAUCCAGAAUCAUGUCAUAAGCUAUUAACAAAUCAAAGGAAACAUUUAAUAAUCUUAAGCAUGGUAGUUCUUUGUGGAUAGAAGGGUGCCCAUUCUGUUCUCUAUGAGUUGCUUGGAAGGUAGCUACCAAAAAGGACAGGGUGCUGCACCCUUCUAUAACACUUAAGGUAAAACCAUACUAAACAUACAUUGACGAUUGAAUGCAUAAAUGUCGUAACCCAUGAAAUGAACAUACAUGUACAGAGAUAUUUUUGACUGUUAAGUGUUUGAUGAUUGAUGUAGCAUGAAUUGUGUAAGACAUUAAGCUUGUUGUGCAAUUAUUUUGUCAAAUUUUUGUCUGUCUGUGUGAAAUACUGCAACUAAUUACAUUGUACAAUCUGUUUUCAAGAAAAUAUUUCUUUUUCUUUGAGCAAAAUCCUGCCAAUAUUAGCUUGUCUCUUUUUAAAAGCCAUGGUGUUGUUGUCAGCGAUAGCAUCGAUGUGGUGAAAAACUUGUAUGAGAUAUUCACAUGAAACUUAGUACAAAUGUUUCCAGGGACAAACUGCAUAUGUGUAUCAAGGCACUUAACUCUGGCUUACAUAAAAGUCUAGUUAUGACCCUUUUUUAUUAAAACAACAUGGGCAACGGCAGCCUCUUGCAGUGCUCUUGUUUAUAUAUUUAUUAGAACAUUAUCCUUUACGUGAGAAAGAGAAUAAAAUCAAAGAUCUCCAUUCUUAUGAAGGGACUUACAUGUAUCUGAGAUUUAAUUAGCUCCUCUGUUUUUCUAAGAAAUAUGUGAUACCCUUGGUUUUGUUUUUUGUCCAUGUCAGCAGCGUAAUGCGUAAACUAUCCUUGGUCUUACUCAAGAACUGUUCAAGACAUUCAAAUAAACCUUAGUAUAUGUGUCGCCAGAUUUAAUAUGCACAUGUACAGAUACGACCAUAAUUCUGUCUUUAAUAAUAAGUGAGUUAUGCCCCAUUUUUCUGAAAUACAACAGACAAGUGUUCACACUCUUCGUGCCGCUCUGAUUGUCAUCUAGUCUUACCGCCAUUACAUUGUAUAUCAUAUACAUGUAUUGUCUGGAACAGAAGUUGUUUUAUAACUACAUGUAUAUUUGUGAAGAGGUGACCUGUUAUGUAUGUAGAGCAAAAUGUUGAGCACAUUAUUCAGAUUAUUAUUUAUUCCUUACUUUUAUUUCAUGUCCUUAAAUGCCAAUUUACUGUACAACCCUCAUAGAAAUGCUGAAUAAAUAAUGCUUAUGUUGUAUUGUUAUUCAUGUAAUGUCUUUCACAAUAAAGUGAUUAAAUCUGA